AUGCGAUUGCUAGAAGCCACAACCUUACGCCUACUUGAUUUCACCCCUGACAAAAUUCCUCCCUAUGCAAUCCUCUCGCACACAUGGGAGGAGGGCGAGGUCUUAUUCGAAGACAUUGGCAAGGGGACUGCAUUGACUAAGUCCGGGUAUAAGAAGGUCGAAUAUACGGCACAGCAGGCUCUUCGUGAUGGGCUCGAAUAUAUCUGGGUGGAUACAUGCUGCAUCAAUAAAGAGAGCAGCGCCGAGCUUUCAGAAUGUCUCAACUCCAUGUUCCGCUGGUAUCAGCAGGCGCAGGUUUGCUAUGUGUAUUUAGCCGAUAUGGAUGAGGACGUAAACCAAAUGGCCUCCUGUCGUUGGUUUACGCGAGGUUUCACUUUGCAAGAGCUCAUCGCUCCUGGCAAUGUGGUCUUUUUCUCGCGCAAUUGGGUUCGACUUGGCAGCAAAAUGGACCUGUGUGAUGCUAUCUCCGACAUCACGGGUAUUGGCGUCGAGUACCUCUGCCAGUAUCGGGAAUUGGAAUGUGCUAGCAUUGCUCAACGGAUGUCGUGGGCAGCGAAUCGGCAGACAAGCCGUCCCGAAGACAUAUCCUAUUGCCUGUUGGGGAUCUUUAGUGUGAAUAUGCCACUACUUUAUGGCGAAGGCGCUCGAGCCUUUAUUCGUCUAGAAGAAGAAAUCAUGCGGAAUUCAGACGACCAGUCGCUCUUCGCAUGGUGUGACCCUGAAGCAAAACCGGAUGCACUGUAUGGUCUCCUGGCGACGUCUCCAGCACAAUUCGCCAAUUCAAGGACAAUGUUAUCGUAUGAAAGCUGGGAAUCACGACCCCCAUAUGCGAUGACAAACCGAGGACUGCGGAUUGAGCUUCCUAUUCAACCUGACCAACAAUACCCAUUGCUCGAUGUGGCGGCGCUGAACUGUCCUGUCCCUGAUGACCCCAACGACGACACCUUCAUUGGUGUCAAUAUACAGAAGCUAUCCAGCGGGGAUGAUCAAUAUGCUCGGACUCAGGCACAUAAGAUCUGCCAUCUGACCCGCAAUCGCGGACCACUUCGCACAAUAUAUGUGCGCCAGCCGACGAUGGGCCCAUCAACAGUCUUCGGCGGAGGUGGGAUGUUCCCGCAUCAUAUCGUGGUCCUUGGAACUGGCCCAUGUUAUGAGGAACAGUAUCACAUGAUCAGUACGUUGCCACCAUCAGGAACGACGACGAAGACAUUCAACACUGGCCCAGCGAUACAGCACUCGGGAAAGGAACCAAAAUUUUUAAUUGAUGCCCGUGCCGCUGCACGCAGUUGGGUGCCAUCACAUUGUCGGCCAACAUUUUCGAUUCCAAAGUCAAGGAAACAGUUGGCUGGAGCACUUCUACUGAAGAAUGGCGUUACUGGUAGUCAUAUAUGCAUUAUGUUUGGCUCUAUGGCGGACUAUAAUAUCGGGUUCAGCGCGAUUGACACGGAAAUAUCCAACUUCAUUGCGCCAGAGGCAUCCAUUACUCUGUCCGAAAUACAGCCAUUAUUUUCUCCUGUACCACCCGGACGAUGGAUCCGGCUCGAACAUGUCUCGGUUCGGAUUGUUACCAGCGUGCAUGUGUUUCAUGGUGGGAAAUAUUUUGUUCUUCAACUUGAGUUGGCCAAAAAGGACCAGGAGAGUCAGAACAAGGAUGAUGAACACUCCGCUUCGCUGCCUUUGAGCAGAGGAGAGACUUACAUUUCUCCGGCAGUCCGUCCUCCUUCCCCUAGUCGCCGGGUUAUUAGACCGCCAACUCAGCCCAAAGUCGUCCGUCAUACUCCCAAGAAACCACAGAAAGACACAUCAGGGCAAAAAGUCGGUGCGGUUGUUAGUGGAACCAUUGCGGCAGGGACUCUGGCGUCGGCGGUUGGGAUGCUGGCGGGUGGGUUUUAG